UUUUUUUUUUAAAAAAAAAAAAAAAUUGAAGCAGGUUUACACUAACAAUUCAUCAUCCACCAAAACUCUAAACCAAAACAUAUUUUUCCUUUCUGUCUCUCCCUCUCUCAUUUGUCCUCCAAAACUUCGUAUCCAAAUCAUUAUUCAUUUUCUGGGUUUCUGUUCCCUCCUCACCACCAUCAUCACCGCCAUCUUCAACUCGCCCUCUUAAAUUGGAUCUUUUCUCAUUAACCCAUAAAAACAUCAUAACCAAAAUUUACUUAAACCAGAUAAAAAUCUUUUAUCUUUUUUUUUUUUUUCUUUAACGAUCAUUUAUUGUAUAUACGCCAUAUUUUUGAACUGGGUUUGCGUUGAAGAAUUUGUUUUUGUAAUAGAGGAAAAACAAAAAGGAAAGUAAAUGGGAAAUGUAACGUCUAAUGUGGCAGCGAAAUUCGCUUUCUUCCCGCCUGACCCGCCAACUUAUGAUAUAUGUAGAGAAGAAGAUGGGAGGUUGAUUCUGCCUGGAGUCACAGCUGAUAAGAAUAUGGACGUUCACUUGUUGGAGACAAAAGCCGGCAAUAAAAUUGUGGCAACGUUUUGGAAACACCCUUUUGCGAGGUUUACCCUUUUAUAUUCCCAUGGGAACGCAGCUGACCUUGGCCAAAUGCUUGAGCUGUUUAUUGAGCUUAGAGCUCAUUUAAGGGUUAAUAUUAUGAGCUAUGAUUAUUCAGGAUAUGGAGCAUCUUCUGGCAAGCCGUCUGAAUUCAACACAUAUUAUGACAUUGAGGCUGUGUAUAAUUGUCUGAAAAAUGAUUAUGAAGUCAAGCAAGAGGAUUUGAUCUUGUAUGGACAAUCUGUUGGAAGUGGACCAACCCUGCAUUUAGCUUCUCGUUUACAUAAAUUGAGAGGUGUUGUUCUUCAUAGUGCAAUCCUUUCGGGCAUACGGGUUUUAUAUCCUGUCAAGAUGACAUUUUGGUUUGACAUUUUCAAGAAUAUAGACAAAAUACGGAAUGUUAACUGUCCAGUUCUGGUUAUACAUGGAACAAAUGAUGACAUAGUUGAUUGGUCUCAUGGGAAGCGGCUAUGGGAACUUUCCAAGGAAAAGUAUGAGCCCCUAUGGGUCAAAGGUGGCGGCCAUUGCAACCUUGAAACAUACCCUGAAUAUAUCAAGCACUUGCGGAAGUUUAUAAAUGCUAUGGAGAAAAUUGCCAUGAUGCAACCAACAAAGCAGCUCACUUCUAAUCCAAGCAUUGAUGUAAAACAUAAUAAGUGCUUAAGAUGGGCAAAAAGGUAGCAACUCAAAUGUAGUUAAUCAAUACAGGUAUAGAUUCAUUGCAAGGUGAGCCUAUUUUGAAGAUCGGAUUUGCUUGCUUCACGGACUUGGCAUUUAGGCAGCCAGGCUUUGUUAUUGCUUGGUAUGUUUCUACAGAUGAUAGGAAUUUGCAACUAGUUUGUUUGAUCCAGGUCCUGUUAGGUGUUUUUAGGCUAGGAGCUUCUGUAGCUGUUUUGGAAAGCAAUGUAGCUAGUGUGCUAUUUGAAAAUGAAAGAGAUAUAUGCUUAUCUGGGUUUCUUUUAUAAGUUGACAGAAUUGGCCUGUAUAAAAUCUAUUCAUCAUUUUCAGAAAAGCAAAUACAUGAAAGUUACAUUUUGUUUGCUUUUGA